GUGCCGCUGACGACGGCUGCGGUCGAACAAGUACGGCAAGCGGCGGAUUGGGACUGCGGCCUGGCAUGCCUGGAGAUGGUAAUGCGGUGGCUGAGUUUCACGUACCCACACGUCUUCCACACAGAUAGCAGGCGCUUCCAGAUGCAACUGCACAAGGCCAUGCCGACACGGAGCAUUUGGACAAUCGACCUUGCCGCGUUCUUGAGCUCGUGGGUGUCCAUGGAGCAUGUCGAUGUGCACUUGUGGUUUUCGUCCACUUCAAUGGAGACGAACCCUGCGCAUGCAGCGCACCCGUACUAUAGCGCCGAUUACGCCACGGAUGUGGCGCGGGUCGCACCGUUGUAUGCAGCUUGGCGCGAUCGAUCAUUCCUUGGACACACGACCACCGCAGAAUUGAAGGCACGCAUGCAACAACGGCCGUCGGUGCUUGUGGCACUGGUUGACGCCACCGAACUCCAGUGCUGCGUGUGGAAACGCCACCCCAUGCAUGAAUACCAAGGGCACUUCAUCGUGAUCACGUCGAUCUGCGACACCAAAGUGUAUUACGUCGACCCCGCGAGCGCCGAGCACACUGCUUGCGUCAUCGACGUCACCAUGUUCGACAAGGCCAGGUGCCACCCCAGUACAGAUCAAGACCUGCUUCUCGUGUCGCUACCUUGAGCAUGCUGUAGCGAGCCCUUUAAAGUUAUCGUAGUGAGGCCACGGCUGUGAUGGCUUGGACAAAGUCUAAACUGACAUCGCAGUUCCAGACGUACUUGGUGCUGCGCCUCCAA